AAUCCUGAUCGUUAAACGCUCUGCACAAGCGUUCAAAGAACAAAUGUGAUUAAAGAACGUGUUAAAAAGAAAAUAGAUAAAAGAAUAUCGCAUAAUCAAGACAGUGCAUCAUGGAAUCUGGGAACUCGUAUUCUAAACCAAACAGAGAGCCUCCAACAAAUCCAAAAGAAUUAAAGAAAUGGAAAGAAGAGCGUAAAGCAUUGAAAAGAAAAUGGAAAGAAGAAAAAUUAUUAAAGCAGUUUGCCAAGAAGCGACAGAUUGAACAGAAGGAAGAAGAAGCUAAAAAAGUUAAAGAAGAAGAGGAAAAAGUACAAGAAAGACUCGGUCGACCAUAUACAGUGUCUAUAGCUCUACCUGGGUCUAUCCUGGACAAUGCUCAAUCACCAGAACUGAGAACCUAUCUCGCUGGACAGAUCGCAAGAGCAGCAGUUGUGUUUAAUGUGGAUGAAAUUAUUGUGUUUGAUGAAACAGGAUCCACAGAAAAGACAACUGAAGGAGAAUUUUCCGGUGUAGGUAAACACGGACGUGGUAACGUGCAGCUGGCACGUAUCUUACAAUACCUGGAAUGUCCUCAGUACCUUAGAAAAUCCUUCUUUCCUCAACAUAAAGAUCUGCAAUAUGCAGGUGUGUUAAAUCCCCUUGAUUCACCUCACCAUAUGAGGGCCAAUGAUGAGGCCCUGUACAGGGAAGGUGUGGUAGUUAAAAAACACUCCAAGGAGGGGAAAGGUUCAUAUGUAAAUGUUGGUAUAAUGAAGGAUGUUCAGGUGGACAAACAGUUGGUCCCUGGUGUCCGAGUUACAGUUAAAAUGGACCUGACCUCUAUAGAGAGAAAGAAAAACAAAGGGACAGUAGUCCCCCCAUCUGAGCCUCGGACCCAUGCAGGUUUGUACUGGGGGUACAGUGUUAGGCUAGCGAGCAGUAUAGGGGCUGUAUUUACUGAAUGCUCUUAUAAGGAAGUGUAUGACCUUACCAUAGGAACAUCAGAGAGAGGCUCCGAUAUUGAUGACUUUGAACUAGACAAAAAAGAUUUUAAACAUGCAUUAAUAGUGUUUGGAGGAGUACAUGGUCUGGAGACCAGUCUAGAAGCAGACGAGAAUUUAGCAGUGGAUGACCCGAGUCUUCUAUUUCAACAUUACAUUAAUACCUGUCCCCAGCAAGGCAGCAGGACCAUCAGAACUGAGGAAGCCAUUUUAAUCACCAUGUCGGCGUUGAGACCAAAGUUGUUUACCAAACAGUCGAAGACUGAAUCCUGACAUUCUCUUUGUUUAUUUUUGACAAUCUUUAUUCAGUAAAGUUUUACAUAGAUCUAUGUAUCGAAUAAAAACAUUUUAGAUGUAA